GAAGUGACUUCCGGUUGCCGGGUGUCUCUUGUGAUCCCACGUGUGUUUUUUGCGUUCUCGUAGCCUUCUGUCCCGCGCGCGGCACUUCCAGGAGGCCGCACGAUGAAGGCGAGAAAAAGUAAAAAACGGGCCCCGAGCUUUCGGAAACUUCUGAAAACUAGUAAAGUCAAACUUGACAACAAGCUAAAAAAUAAACAAUAUAAACAGCAAAGCACUGCCAAGAAAUACCGAAAAGAACAAAAGAAACUUAGGGAAGCUGUGAAAGAUGUUGUGUCCAAGAAGCCUUUUCCCUUGGAGGAUAAAAAGCAAGUGUAUCGGGCUCAAAGAACAGAGGAAGAGGAAGAAGAAGAAGCCCUUCCUUUGGACAUGAUGGAUGAAGACGACUUGCAGUUACUGAAAGAUUUAGGUCAAAUGCCUUCAUUUUUAACUAGAGAUCUUUCUUCCAGUGAGCCUGUUCAUGUCAAAAAACGGAAGCAGGAGAGCAUAAUAGAUAAAUAUGAGAAAGUACCAAGACGACUACAGACUGAACCAGAAAAAGAAGUAAUUCACCUGCUUCCAAUCAAAGAUAAGUGUGGAAUUAUUCCACAGACCAGAGAGAAGCCAGUUGUCAGUAUUAACACGAAAGAAGAGGAAGAGCAAGAAGAAAUGGAGUUUGAAGAAGUAGUUACUGAGGAUCCUAUGCCAAAGCUAACCACAGAAGAAUAUAUAAUUCAGAGGCAGAGGAAACUACAAGAGAAAAAAAUACACAUUGCUGCCUUAGCAUCUGCCAUCUUAUCUGAUCCAGAAUCCAAUAUUAAGAAGUUGAAAGAAUUGCGUGCGAUGCUUAUGGAACAGGAUCCUGAUGUAGCUGUCAUUGUACGGAAAUUAGUAAUGAUUUCUCUGAUGGAGCUCUUUAAAGACAUUACUCCCUCCUACAAAAUUCGACCUCUCACAGAAACAGAAAAGGCAUCCAAGGUUCGAAAAGAAACCCAGAAACUAAGAGAAUUUGAAGAAGGUCUAGUAAGCCAGUAUAAAUUUUAUUUGGAAAAUCUGGAACAAAUAAUUAAAGACUGGAAGCAAAGAAAACUGAAGAAAAGUAAUGUUGUCUCCUUAAAGGCAUAUAAAGGUCUGGCACAGGUUGCUGUGAAGAGCUUGUGUGAGCUGUUGGUAGCACUCCCUCAUUUUAACUUCCAUAAUAAUAUCAUCGUAUUGAUUGUCCCUCUUAUGAAUGACAAGUCAAAACUGAUUUCUGAAAUGUGUUGUGAGGCAGUACAGAAGCUCUUUAAACAAGAUAAACUGGGCCAUGCCUCUCUUGGUGUUAUUAAAGUAAUAUCUGGUUUUGUGAAGAGUCAAAAUUAUGUUGUUAGGCCAGAGUUGUUAAAAUCAUUCCUGUAUCUAAGAAUCAAAGAAAUAGAAGUGAAGAAAGACACAGAAGACAUCAAUGCACCAAAAAAGUUCAUGUCUUACAAGGAGAAGAGAAAAUCCCUUUCAAGAAUGCAAAGGAAGUGGAAGAAAGCAGAGGAGAAACUGGAACGAGAGCUUCGGGAAGCAGAGGCUUCGGAGAGUACUGAAAAAAAGUUGAAAUUGCACACAGAGACGCUGAACAUGGUGUUUGUUACCUACUUUAGAAUACUGAAGAAAGCCCAGAGGUCACCUCUUCUGCCAGCAGUCCUAGAAGGUCUUGCCAAGUUUGCACAUCUCAUAAAUGUGGAGUUUUUUGAUGACUUAUUAGUCGUUCUGCAUACUCUCAUAGAGUCUGGCGAACUAAGUUACCGAGAGUGCCUUCAUUGUGUUCAUACUGCUUUCCACAUUCUUUCUGGCCAAGGUGAUGUUCUAAAUAUCGAUCCUAUGAAGUUCUAUACACAUCUCUACAAAACCUUGUUUAAAUUACAUGCAGGUGCUACUAAUGAAGAUGUUGAAAUUGUCCUUCAAUGUCUUGACGUUAUGCUGACCAAACGCAGAAAACAGGUUUCUCAACAGCGAGCCCUUGCUUUCAUAAAACGCCUUUGCACCUUAGCUCUUCACGUUCUACCAGAUUCAAGUAUUGGCAUUCUAGCAACCAACAGAGUUUUGAUGCAUACUUUUCCAAAGACAGAUCUACUGCUUGACAAUGAAUCUCAGGGGAGUGGAAUUUUUCUUCCUGAACUGGAUGAGCCAGAGUACUGCAAUGCUCAGAACACUGCUCUUUGGGAAUUGCAUGCACUUCGGAGACAUUAUCAUCCUGUGGUUCAGAGAUUUGCAUCUCAUCUGAUUGCUGGAGCGCCCUCUGAAGGUUCUGAAGCUCUCAGACCAGAUUUAAGUCGGAGGUCAGCUAUAGAACUUUUUGAAACCUAUAGUAUGAAGACAAUGACGUUUAAUCCUCCUGUUUUGUCAGCUAAUCCCUCAAAGAAGGGUAAAAUUUUCCAUGUGGAUUCAUAUUUAAACGAAGAUUUAAGCCAACUAAUAAGAACUCAUUGCAAUGAAACUACUAUUCAACUUCCUCUGGAUUUCACCAGAUACUUAAAAACAUCUGUACGGUAGAAGGAAGCUGGAAGAAAGUGAUUCCAUAUGUGUACCUAUUGGCAUCAUAUAUUUCAAUGUGAAUUUGUGAAGAUUAUCCUGAGAAAUGAAGACCUAGUGUUGACUAUUUUACCAGCUAGAGUGAGAAUACGUAAGAAAGAAGAAAAGGAAAUAUUUUCUCAAAUAUUUUGUGACUCAUUUAUUGGUAACUCUUGUACAGCAUGUUAAAUUGGAGUAGAGUUUAGAAUUCUUGAAUACUUCUAUUUAGUGGCCUAGUUGUAGCAACAAUCUAGAUAAUGGUUUCCAUGAGAAGAGAAAAAUUAUUUUCUUUAUGUUCUUUUUUUAAAGUUUGUUUUUGAAACCCAUGCUUAUUUAUAACCAAACAAAACUUUAAAAAUUUUUAACAUUGAUAUUUUUAUGAAAAGAUGUCUCAUUGAGUCUCAAUAUAUAUUCUACCAAAAUUUUUUUUUUAAAAGCCUUAAUUCUAAUAGUUUCUCCGAGUCCUAAUAGUAGAAUGAAGAUUUCAAUCAGAUUUGCAUCUGACUUGAAUUUGGAGGUAUAACUGAUCGAUCUCUAGGUGGCAACCAGGAUUCAAAAAUGAUCUUGGCAGGUUUAAAUUAUGGGCAGAAUGGGCAGAAAGAAGAAAUUUACUAGCACUAGUUUAUUCUGCCAGAGAUGGAGAGAAUCUGAAGUCAUGUACUAUUUCCAGCACCUUCAACUUUUAAAUUUAGGAUUCUGUUAAAAAAAUUGACUUGUAAAAUAGUUGAAUCAUAAUGUUAAUUUUCAUGCCACAAAUGAUCUGAAUUUUCAAAUGAUGAAGCAAACAUUUUAAAAUAUCAGUUGGAAAAAUGCUCAGCGUCAUUUCUCCCACUCAACAAAUUGGCAAAAAAUGGUUAAAAGCAGUGACAAACACAAGUAGCAGGAUUGUGCCAGGACAGAUAUAUAAUCCUUAAAAACUUCAAACUUGUAGAAUUUGUUUGGCAGGUAGUCUAGGAAUAUCAAUAAAAGUAAUCAAACUCCUUGACCUAAUUCUACUGUUGGGAAUCUAAUAACACAAAACAGCACAGAAAUUUUGAAUGUUUUCACUUGUAAGUGCAGACAAACCUAGAAGCAAAAAACAUGUUAUAUAAUAAGGAAAAAGCUAAAUAACUUGUGGUACAUUAACAUAAAAUCCUAUAAUAUACUUAAGACAGACAAGAAAUAUAAAGAAAACAAAGAAAUGUGGAAAGAAGUUGAUGUAGACCAGAAGAAUGGAGCAUGUCUCAAACAUAAUGAAAUACAAGCAGUAAAAAGCAAGGAAAAUAAGGGAGGGAAGACAGAAAGUGACAGAUUUCAGGAAGAAAUCUCAAAGACCUUGGAUACUUACACAGGUAAACAGUGGUUGAUAUGUAGUAGUAAAUUCUUAGCCAUUUAAUGAUUUAAUAUCUCGCAAGCUGGGUUUAGGUUAAAACGAAGGCAGAGCGAUAGAAUGAAGAGGGGCUGACAUGUGUUAGAUCAGGAGCUUUUAGGGGAAGACUACAAACUUGGUAGGACUGGUACCAGUUGGCAGUAGAACGUGGCUGGGAAAAAAGCUCAAGCCAUCUUGGGCAGUGUUAAGGAGAAAUAACUGAGGUGCACAGGGCCAUUGUUGUAUUCUUUGGGAUCCCUUCCAAAUGAGCCUCUGUGACACCUUACAGAGACCCAGUUCAUUUUUUUAUUUGUUUUUGGAUAAGUCAAAAAAGCUUGUUCAAAAGAAAUUCAAGUGAGACUUUGGACUCCUGAGCAACAAGAUGGAAGACUGGAUGUUUACUCUGAUCUUUGUAACUUCUUAAACUCCUCCUAGACAGAAAUUAUGCAUCAAAAAUUAAGCAACUUCAGCUGUUUCCAUGGUUUAGGACACCCAGAGUCCAAAAGAAGUUAAAAAGAAAUUCCCUCAAUUUUAGAAACUUGAUGCUUAAUAACCCUGAGCUCUCCCCAUCCCAUUGUAGUCCCUCCCUCUUCCCAGUGACAGAGCCCCCUCCCCCCACUCCUCCUCAUUGUACAAGAUUUCAUAUAGCUGGCUUAGCUAUGGUCCUCCAGGAGCAAAAUCCUGUUAGAUGCUCAAAUGGGGGUGUACCCCCACCCCACCCCCAGUGCCAGGCAGAGCAGCCUUUGGACUGCCCAGGGAGAGAACAGAACACCACACAAACGGGGCCGUGCACCCCGCCACCCAGCGCAACAUGCUGUUGGCCCUAUUCAGUUGGAGCAGAGGCUUAGCCUGGGGAACCGUGAACUUGUCCCCAAGCAAAGCACAAUUGGUUUGAAUGGGUGAGAGAAGGAAAAUAAGGGAGGGAAGACAGAAAGUGACAGGUUUCAGGAAGAAGAAAUUUCAAAGACCUGGGAUAAUUACACAGGUCAACAGAAAAGAGCCAAAGAUCUAGGGAGCGAGUUAAGUGUCUGAAUAAUACCAACAGCACAAAGUGUAGGGAAAUAAGCACUCAAUUUGGGCUAAAGGGUCAGCUUUAGAAAAACAAAAACUAGUUAUGUAUAUAUGUUACCCUCAAGAAAACAUCCAAACUCCUAUCUUCACCUGUAAAAUGUGGAUAAAGAUCUCCCUUUAGGCCUGAGUAGAUAGCUGUAAAGAUUGGUUGUAAAGACCAUCUAUGGGGUGGGGAGAUUGUCUUUCUUUGGGUGUCACUAUUAAUUAGCUUUCCAUAGCCUGAGCAUCCAGCUCUCUGCUAUUUACAGUCAGGUGAACUGGUUUAUCAUGGCCCAGCCUCUAGCAAAUGAUCUAUCUUGUAGAACCUGAGAGAGUUCUAGUUGUUAGGCAGAAGCUGGGUUAUCUGCUUUUUUUUUUUACUUUUAAAAAUGUUUUAAUCUUGGGAUGGUGCAUGGUGAGUGCUUUGAUGAUUUGAUUACAACACAUUUCCUCAAGUCUGGCAGAUUCUUUUGACUUUUUUAUGACAUGAAAGUUUAAAAAAAAGCAAACAAUCUGCAAAAGAACCUUUGUUGCUACAGAUCCAUAGGAAGGAACCAGACCACUUCCAUCCUCUCUUUUGAGUUUCAGGUCUCAUACUUUUGGAAUAAUAAAUAUGUGAGUAAUAAAAUGUCAGAGGCUCCCUUAUUCACUUAACCCAUGCUUGAAGAAUCCAUUUUUGGGUUUGUUUCAGGAUAUUUGUCAUUCGAGUCUUAAUAUUUUUUAUGUGCUGAUACCAAGGUUUUUCAGUGAGGGUAUUCUGCUCAUUUUGUAUUAGAAAUUAAUGGAAAGAGAUAGGCUUAUUUAUAAAACUCAGGCAAAGUUCUAAGUAAUAUUGAAAAUCUGGCUACAUCAGAUAGAAGAGGCCAGUAGACAUCACAAAUCAUUUAUUUUUCAAAUAUAUACAUAUACAAUUGUACUUCAAAUUGGCAGAAAGCACUUAAGGUGGAAAAUCAGUUUUAAAAUUUAAUGGAAAUUCACUCAUUGUAUGAAAAUUUCCCAUCUCUAAAGCUGAGUAGAUGCUUUUGGUGUGUGACAUGUUUGAGAUGUAUACUGGGAGCACAGUGUUUGUUGUCUGUCUUUGAAUUCUCUAGGAGUUGUCAAAAUAAGAGUUACAGCAAAAUAAUAGGUGAUAAAUAUUAACAUGAUGGAUGUGUAGAGAGGAGGCUGUGCUUUGAAACCAUUUUGAUCUGUUUGAUAAGGAUCGAGUACCUGUUAUAGGCACAGAUCAGUGCCCAGUACAAGGGCAGAGAGACACUUUUAAGAUCUGGCCCCUUAAGCUUAAAAUAUCGUUGGGAUGAAAAUACAUUGAUAUGAACCAGAUAACGAUGUAAAGCACUGCUCUAAGUGCAAAUGAGAAGUACGAACAAGAUCUAGUGAUAGACACAUUUAUCUUCUAGUAGGAUGUAAGCCCUUUGAGGCCAGAGACUGCUCUACUUUACCUUAUUUAGACAGAGCUACUUAAUGUUUAUGAAGCUGAAUUGAUUUCAGAGUGAGUAAUUACUGUAACCUUAAGUAGUUGGGAGAACAGAGAAGUAGUGAGAGUGUAGGAUUUGGAUGGGAUCAGGAUGGCCAUAGUCAACAGCUCAUGGAGAUUCUGGGCUAGAGUGAAGGACUAAUAUCAUAAAUCCUACUGUUUUCCAACAUGGAAAUUAAAUUAAAAGCCAAGCUGGCUUUGCAUUUGAAUUUCCUAAUUUAGCUUUGUUUAAAGUAUUUGCCACCAGGUAAGGAAGGGUUCUCUUGAAAUAAAGGUAUGCCCGAACUAUUAGUAAUGCCAAAAAAGAAGUAUGGAGAUUGAACAUUACUGACAUAUUCCUUCCUGAUGAAUAAUUUCAAGGAAAGCGGAAUUUCCUUCAUCGUAUGGUGCUUAUCAUUUGUGAUGUUAAUGUUCUGGAUCAGUGAUGACCAGUGAUGGACCAGCUUGAUAAAUACAUUAAACUUUGGAUUUCUGUAAGAAA